CCUCCAUCAUGGCGGCGGAGGGUUCUGAGGAGGAGAUGAGCGGCAACGUAGAGCUCGAAGAGGCUUCUGCCAUGAAUGUCUCUGAGGUUCCACCGCCACCUCCACCUGAGAUGCCAGAGAACGGCAGUGCAGUUGUGGCUCCUGAGUCUCCUGCAGGUCAUGACUCCGAGUCCUACUCUGUGGCUCAGACUACAGAGCACGAGGAGGGGGGGACACUACCUGCGGAUUUUGAACGUCUGUGGAAGGCUGCACAUGACAAUCCUCAAGACUUUACCAGCUGGACGGAUCUGCUGCAAUACUGCGAACAAGAGAGACACAUUGAAGCUUCACGCAAAGCACUAGAGGCCUUUCUUGCUCGUUACCCUCUUUGCUAUGGUUACUGGAAAAAAUAUGUUGACCUUGAGCGCCGCUCUGGGAACAACAAUAAAGCAGAGGAGGUGUGUAUUUGGGGUCUUAAGGGGAUUCCUCUAAGCAUAGAUCUGUGGAUCCACUACAUUAAUCUGCUACUGGGGACUCUGGACAUGAACCUGCCUGAUUCACCCAAGCGGAUACGCAGUGUGUUCGAGGAUGCAGUUGCAGCAGCUGGUCUAGACUUCCAUUCAGAUCGACUUUGGGAUCUCUACAUUGAGUGGGAAAAGGAGCAAGGGAAUGCAAAGAACGCAGCAGCUGUCCUGGACAGAGUCCUCAAAGUCCCCACCCAGCUUUACAGCACCCACUAUGACAAAUUUAAAGAACACUUGAACAACAAUCCACCCAAAGAUGUGCUUUCCUCUGAGGAGUUCGAGGAGCUGAAGACAUUAUGCCGACAGAGUCAGAAGGCUGAGCGUGCUGAACAGGCUCAGGAGGUUGACGAGGAGAGGCCACCGGGGGAGGAACUGCCUGCCACACCUGAGGGCACAGACUCAGAGGAACUAAUACAGAAAAUAAGGGAACAGGUAUUACUUCGUAGAGACAAAGUGUACGAGGCCAACGAGGGAGAAGUUCGUAAGAGGUGGAACUUUGAAGAUGCUAUCAAGCGGCCAUAUUUUCACGUCAAGCCACUGGAUCGCCUCCAGCUUCAGGCCUGGCACUCUUACCUGGACUGGGAGAUCUCUGAGCUAAACAGGGACACCAAAAAUUCUACACAAGAACCAACACAGGAAGCUACAGAGGAAUCCAAGAUCACAGCCCAGAAUCAGGAAACGUCAGCGCGUGAUGCGGUUGCCCAUAGCGACCACAGAGUUCGCAUCCUGUUUGAGCGCUGCCUGAUCGCCUGUGCUCUGUAUGAGGACUUCUGGAUGAGGUAUGUUCAGUACCUGGAGCCGCAGAGCGUCGAUGAGGCCCGAGCUGUUUACAAACGAGCCUGUGAGAUCCACCUUUCCAACAAACCCAAUAUUCAUAUGCAGUGGGCCACCUUCGAGGAGAGGCACGGUGACCUAACUCAGGCUCGGCGAGUGCUGGAGGCCCUGGAGAAGAGCCUUCCCGGUUUGGCGGUUGUACGUCUCCGCAGGGCCACCUUAGAGAGACGGGCUGGCCAGCUGGAGCAAUCGGAGGCCCUGCUGACGGAGGCGGUAGCAGAAUCCAAAGAAAAGCCCACGUUACACGCUUUCUACUCCAUCAAGCUGGCCCGUCUGUUGCUGAAAGUGGGCAGAAACCCCAGCCAAGCCCGCAGAGUUUUGCAGGAAGCACUGGAGAUUAGUCCGGAUAAUGACAAACUGCACUUGAGCCUGUUGGAGCUGGAGGCUUCUGGCGACCCCUGGGCCUCAGCUGACGCUGUGCGGGAAUGCGUGACGCGAGCUCUGGCAGCUCCUCUCACCUCACACACCAAGUUGCUUUUAUCACAGAGAGGCCUUCAGUUUGCCGAGGAUUACAGCAGCUCCAUCCAGAGUUUGCUGACUGUGUACGAGGCACACCAGAAACUGCUGGACGAGCUGCGAGGAACAAAGAGGGAAGCAGAGAAUGGAGCCGAGGAUCCACAGAAGAUGCUCAAAAGUGACGAUGACGCUGCUGCUGCUACGUCCGAACAAGCCCCACCCACCACGCCGCAAGUUCCCAUCACCACGCCGCCUCCGUCGAUGGUGGGCACCGACACGAGCGCACAGGCCGGAUACGGAGCGUACAGCAGCUGGUAUCAGCAACCUCAGUACGGCAGCUAUGGCAGCUACGGGAGCUACGGCUACCAGAACCCCUGGAACUACAACCAGUCUUAUUAUCCACCCAGUUAAAGAGCUUCAGCAUCUGUGGAGGCAGCUUGAGCCAGAUAAACGAGACUUGCCCCCUGAUUAAACACAUCCCAGCAUCCCGCGGUCCUCCACAUCCUUCCUCUGGAUUAUCUCAGUCCUGGAUUUGUGACGAGGAGAGGAACUCAGUGAAUUUUACUUAGAUGAAAUCGUGACAGAAGAACACCGUGACUCGUUUUCAGUAAACUACAUUUUAAUCAGAAUUAUUUUUGUAUAUGUUGGCAAUUCAGCCCCUUUUGAUCAUGUUUUAAAGUCAUCCACUCUGUCCAGCUCUACAUUUUAUUGUACCAAUACUGUUAUAUGCCGUUCCUGUGGUGGCUGUGUUUUCUAUUGUUUAUAAACAUGUUUUAAAGCCACAAAAGUACUUUUUUAGGUUCUGUCCAUUAUGUGGUGGUAAAUUUCUGUUUACUAAAGGAGACUGAAAAUUCAACUGAUUCCUGCACCAGUCAUGUUUUAUUUUACAAAUAUAGAGUCAAACGUUUAAAAUUAAAGCGCUUGCUUGAAAGGAGGGUGCAUAAAAAAAUUUGUUUUUCUAGACAAGCUGGCUUUUACAGAAGGGAAAAUAUGUAUCCACUAUUACUGAAUGAUGGUGUAGAUUUUGACUUCUGAACACUUUAGUGUGUGCAAAAGUUCAAUUUUACAUAA